AUGUCGUUCCUCAUCAGAUCCACCUUCAAGCGCACCCCGCGGGUGUCGUCGCGCAUCCUCCCUCGCGCUCUGUAUCAUCCCGAAAUCCACACCACCAAGCGCGAUGAGUUCUUCAUCACAGCCUCCUACCCAGAUGACUUUGAGUCGCCCACUCUGAUCACGAAACGGAGCACUUCAGGCACUCCGGAGUGGGACGAGAUCAACGCGACCCUGAGUGAAGCAGAUAUCAAAGCCGAUCGAGGCGAAGCAUAUAAAAAGGGGAGACCCGAUGAUGUUUUCCAGCCAGAGGCAGAUUUGGAGCCCAAAAUCGACGAGCUAUAAUGAAGCGUGAAUGCUCUGUGCUGUAUAGGAUAUGGGUUUAUGCGCGAGUGCUUGGGAUGAUGUGCAUGCUAUAUCGUAC